AGACGGAUCUGUGGCGGAUGGAUGGCGGAAGACGGGUGGACGGCUCGCCGGCCCUGGCGGCGGGGCCGGGUCGCGGGCCACGCUCCGGGGAUGGCCGGGGCCGGCCGGCGCCCCGGGCGUCGCGGGACCGCCCUCGCGUGCGGGUGGCGGUGGGAUCCCGCGCUGGUGUUCCUGGGGGCCCGGCCGCGUGGCCCGGUCUUUUUCCUCCGGUCCCCGGACGGCGCCCGCGUCCCUGUCCCGCGGCCCCCGCCGUGCGUGCUCGCCGGCCCCUCCCCGCCGCCGCCGGCCUCGCCUCGCCUCUCCUCGUCCCGCGCGUGCGACCGCCCGCGUUCCCGUCCCCUGCCCGGGCCCGAGCCGGCCUCGCCUCGCCUUCACGUGGGUGUCGUCCCCCGGCCCCUGCCGGGCCGGUGGCGUCCCCGGGCGGAGCGGUGCAGUGCCCUCGGAAAGCCCUGAGCGAGGGGGGCGGGGCGGGGGA